AUGUUCACAUUUACACUUCUAACGCCAGGGGAAGAUGAUCAUUCCUUCAAAGCGUCGCUACUAUCAUUCGACAAGGAGAACUCCAUCCUAGCAGAUCCAUCAUGGGAUGGACAGGACCCCAAAGUGGUCAAGUUUAUGGACCACCACUUGAAGCACAUCGACGCGAUAAUCAUCUCACACUCCACGACUGAGUUUAUAAGUGGAUACAUCUUGCUAUGUAUCACUUUCCCCAAGCUAAUGCUGAAUAUCCCCGUGUAUUCUACAUUGCCCGUGAACCAACUAGGUCGAAUCGCCACGGUUGAAUACUAUCGAUCGCACGGUGUAUUGGGCCCCAUCAUAACAUCGCUUGUUGAGUUGGAUGAAAUCGAUUAUUGGUUCGAUAGGUUCAAGAUUGUCAAGUACUUGCAGAACAUCACCCUUUGUGAAGGCAAAGUCACCAUGACACCCUACAAUUCCGGUUAUUCGCUCGGGGGCACUUUUUGGUUGAUUGUCAAGCGGAUCAAUCGAAUCAUUUAUGCGCCCUCGUGGAACCAUUCCAAGGACUCGAUCUUGAACAGUGCCGCUUUCAUCAACACGCAAUCGGGCAACCCUCAUGUCUCGCUCUUGAGACCCACGGCGUUCAUCACUGCUACGGAUUUGGGCUCGGCCAUGUCGCACAGGAAACGAUGCGAGAAGUUUUUGCAGUUGGUAGAUGCUACGCUUGCCAAUGGAGGUGCUGCCGUGAUUCCAACCUCAGUCUCGGGACGAUUCCUCGAGUUGUUCCACUUGGUAGAUGAGCAUUUGAAAGGCAAGCCCAUCCCCGUUUAUUUCUUGUCUUAUUCCGGUACAAAAGUGCUUAGUUACGCCUCGGGGUUGAUGGACUGGAUGUCACUGAGUUUCAACAAGGCCUGGAAUAACGGAAGUCUAAGUGACUCUGUUCCCUUUAACCCAAAUAAAGUCGACCUUUUAUUGGACCCUGUGGAGUUGAAGCAGAUGGUUGGUCCCAAAAUUGUGUUUUGUUCCGGAGUUGAGUUUAAUGAUGGAGAUCUUUCCUCGAAAGUUUUUCUGUACUUGUGUAACGAUGAAAAAACAACUGUAAUAUUGACUGAAAAACCAACAUCAUUGUCAUCUCGUUCUGUGAAAUCUAGAGCAACUACAAGUAUAAGCAGUGAACUAUACAGGAGUUGGGCUAGCGUGGCCAAAAAGAGGACGAGCAAAGCCUCGGACGGAGUCGCAGUUCCUUUGGAAACGGUUUUGCAUUUGAACAAGUGGACCAGUGAGGAAGAAGCUAGAGGCCCCGAGUUGGAAAAGUUCAAGAAUGAGGUCGCAGCAAAGAGGAAGGAAAAAUUGAUGGCUAAAGUGCGUGACCAAAAGAUACAAAAUUUGCUAAAUACUGAUAAUAUGGAGGCCGAGGACUCGUCUGAUGAUGAGGAGGAGGAGGAGGAAGAAGAAGAAGAAGAAGAAGAAGAGGAUGAUGGUGAUGGGGUGAUGGGAAAGAAGAAAAAGAAGAUGGGGGCGCGGGGACGCAACUUGGGAAAUGACAAAGUUGUCGGGGAAAUGGUUGAUAGACAGAUUAACAAGAAGGACCACAAACACAUGGAUGGCAAUGCCUCAGCCUCAGCGGUUAAAGAGGUUGACGAGUUGAUUCAGCACGAGGCAUUCGUUAUGGAUCACAUCAAGCAAAGUUUGGAAAAACACUUGCCGAUUGAUUUGAGGAUAACGCUGAAAUUGAAACCACGUCAGGCAAUGUUCCCCUAUUUCCCAGCCACGAUUGCUGCCCGCGCCAAAUUUGACGACUAUGGGCAGAUUAUAAAUCACAAGGAUUUCGAAAAGAAGGAUGAAGUCUCCAAUAGCAAGAUCAUCUUGGAAGGAAAACGAAAGUUUGACGAAAAGAAGCAAAAGGGGUGGAGAAACAAGAAUGCCGAUGACGCAAAGGAGAAUAAGCGAGCUAACAAGUUGACGCCGCAGGAACAGUUGAAUCAGCAGCUAUUGCGUAAAUACUUGGACACCUUGUCGAGGCCGUUGAAAAGAGUCGCGCUAGAGUCGGCGCCGUCUGCCAAAACUCAGCUUAAAGUUCGGUGUGGGUUGGCUUUUGUUGAUCUCUCCGGCACGGUCGACUUGCGAUCACUCGGUAUAAUAGUGCAAGCAUUGAAGCCAUACAAUUUGAUAUUGUUGCCCGACAUCAAGUUAUCAGCAAGCAGCGAUGACAAGGAAGAAGAAAAACACAAAAAAAACAAACAUGAAGAGGCGGUCCACAACAGUGGUGUGAUUCAAGUUGAAGAGUUUUUCAAACAACAGCAAAAUGAGCAGUCUGCCGAGUACUCAAAACGACAGUUGUUCAACUCAUCGAGGUACUUGUCGUUAGCCACGAUACGAGACGGAUUGUCCUCGGCCUACAAUACCAGCUCCGGUGCCGGUAAGAUGAACGUGCUCGUGUCCCGCCCAGACUCGCCAAUCAAGAUCGGAGCUGAUUCAGAAGGAAACUCGAUCCAAUUGAGUAAUUUUGAAAUCAACUUGGACGAUGAACUAGUUGCAAAUUUGCAAUGGAAGAAGAUUGGCGAUGACUACAAAGUAGCGAAAUUAUACGGUGAACUUGAACUCAUAAACCAGCUCACCUCCACAGAAAAAGCCAAGAUUGAGCAUGAAGGAGAGGGAGAAGAAAAAGAAGUGGAGGUGGCUCAAAAGAAGCGCCGGUUACUCAACGAUUACAUCAAUUCAAACACGCAAUUUUCACUCAAGCCAAUUGAUCCAACCUCGAACCUCAACGCAUCUUCUAUACUCGAUAGAAUCCCCAACCCGAAAUUGCGCUCAAUGAUCAAUAAUGCCGUGCCAAGGCUCGCUAUAGGCAACAUCCGCUUGCCUGACCUCAAGACCAAACUCAUGGCGUUGCAAAUCAACAACCGGCCUCUCCAAGUUGAAUUCAAGAGCGAAGGCACACUAGUGGUCAAUGGUGUUUUGGCGAUUCGGAAAAUCGCCUAUUCUGGCGCUGGCGGGAUUUCCGACGAGGAUGAAGGUGGUGGCGACAUUGUCAUUGAUGGAAACGUGGGAGCUUUGUACUAUCAAGUCAAGGACGUAAUAAGAGAAAUGCUAGCAUAUGUGUAG